AUGCAGGACAGAUCGGCACGCAUCCGCUAUCAAGACAUCGUGACGGAUUCAUCGCCCUCCAGUGCGGGACGCUUCGGCUACGCGGACGACACUGCCAUUCUAUGCGUCGGUAAUAGCCUUGAUGAAACGACCGCCGAAGCAUCUCACCAUGAGACUGACGAACACGAAACAUGGCCCUCUGCCGAGUGCUAUGCGACGAGCCGUCUGCGCUUGCGUCAUCCCCGUGCUACUGUACGCGGCGGAGGCCUGGUACCCUGGUCCGAAAAGCCCGCGCUGGACGAAGCUUCCAAGGAGGGGCCGUCGGGGAUUGGCAACCUCGUCAAGAAGAUGAGCAAGGCACUCUACACGUCUCUUCGGGCUAUUCUGCCAGUGUGGAGGACGACACCGACGAACGUGCUGCACAGGGAGGCGGGAAUACCGCCCGUUCCUCUACUCCUCGAAGGGCGUCGGACGGCCUUUGCUGCGCGCCUUAAAGCUCUCGACGAAGCUCACCCGCUCGUCCAGCGCACGUCGCGACCAAAAGCUCCCGUCGUGACCGUGAACAAACUUAUCAAGUUGAAGUACCAGAAACAGCCACAGCCCUUCCGUACCAGACUGCGGCGAGCCGACGAAAUGCUAUCGAGCUGCCCGAGACCUGCUUUACUGCAGCGCGGAUUUGCCGAAGAGCAGACUGCGCCUCUGCAGAGUGCAUCGAAACACGAGACGGCGAAAAAAUUUCGCGACUGGCUUCAGGCACUAUCGCCCCGAACUCUUGUCGUCUACUCCGACGGGUCUCGUUCUGAGGAAGGCCACAUCGGAUACGGCUAUGCUGUUCACCGGGACGGAUCCACCGUCUUGAGCGGCAAGGGCCGUCUUGGAACAGCUGAGGUUUUCGACGCUGAGGCGAAAGGUGCAUUGGAGGUUGAAGGCAGCGGCAACGAGGAGGCUGAUGCUCUGGCAAAGGCGGGAGCAUCACUGCCAGAACCCGCUGAUGGCGAACCGACGCUAGCGCAUCUGCGAAAAAUUGCCCGACUGCAGCGGAAAGAGGCUUUCAGUGCCUGGUGGGAAACCUCUGCGCCGGAGCGAUACAGAGACCUGAGGCUUAAAGCCACAACCAGCUGUCCGUCAGAAUUGGCGCUCUCUCGGUUUGGUCACGACGAUGCGCGACUGACGUGCUCGUGCGGACGACGAAAGAGCCAGCACACAUCUUUUACUGCAGAAAGGUUGCGCCACGGCAUCAAAGAUUUCGGGGGGAUCCCCAUCGUCCUCUUCUGCGGAGACUUUCAGCAGUUCCGGCCGGUCCAAGAGAGGUCGAUCGUCCUGCCGAGCGCGGCCAUCUCGUGGGACGUAGACAACUCGUUCAAGGCCGAGCAGCGGCACCAGCACGACAAAGCGCACGCGCUGUGGAAGAGAUUCACGACGGUCGUCAUGUUGAACGAGCAAAUGCGCGCCGCCGGUGAUCCGGAAUUGCAGGAGCUGCUGAAGCGGAUCCGGCAGGGUGUGCAGGACCGCACGGAUCUGGACCUCCUCAACUCAGGUGCUACCGCGAGGGCAGGCGGAUCCCUUGGGAGACUGGCAUCACCGUGGUGA